AUGUCUUGGAAGCAAUCUAUUAGAGUAAUUGCUGAUUUCGGAACAACUGCAUCUGGUUUCACCUAUUCCCAUAUUUCAAAUGAUGAACUAUAUACUAAUGAUAAGUGGCCUGGAGAAAUUGGCCAACUGAAAACCUGUACAGUUUUACAAUAUGAUGAAAAGUAUGAAAAGGUUGAAUCGUGGGGUUAUUCUGCUUUAGCGAAACGUCAUAAUCGUAAAAGAGCAAGAAACGUUAAUCAAAGACCUGUAGAAUUAUUUAAAUUGCAUUUAGGCGAAAAUUUAUUGAAAAAACCAGCUCUUAAAGUUGAUUAUAAGAAGGCCAUCACAGAUUAUUUAACAGAAAUUGGAAAGCUAAUGCAAGAAAAAAUCACAAGUCGUUGGCCUAACGUAAACUAUAAAAAAGAUGUAUUGCACAUUGUGACUGUUCCAGCAGAAUAUAGUGAACAAUCUAAGGCUAUUAUGAGAGAGUGUAUUUAUCAAGCGGGCUUGUUAGAAGAUUUAGAUACUAUCAGAUUACAAUUCACUACAGAACCCGAAGUAGCUGCAAUUUAUUCAACAUUCAUGAUUGUUGAUUGUGGUGGCGGCACAGUGGAUUUGACCACUAGAAAGUUACAUAGUGAAGAUCAAUUGGGUGAAAUCACUGAACGUUCAGAAUAUAUUUGUAAAAACUUUGGUAAUAAUACAAUCAAUUUAUUGAAGGAAAAACACUACGGGCAACUUCAAUAUUUGGUUCAAACAUUUUGUAGACAUGUUAAACUUCCAUUUACCGGUCAAGAAUUAGACUUUCAUUACGAGUUAGAUGUUGAAGAAGUUUGCCCAAUUUUAAAACAAUAUGCGUCAGGUUCAGUAAAAGAUGAGCUUGAAGAGAAUGAAUGGAUAAUCGAUUUAGACUAUGAUACAAUUAAAUCAUUUUUUGAUCCAAUAAUCGAUAGGAUUAUCUCAAUGAUACAAUCACAACUUAUUACUUCAAAAGAAAAAUGUUUGGCAAUGUUCUUGGUUGGAGGAUUUAGUCAAUCAAAAUAUUUACAAUCUAGGAUUAAGCAAGAAUUCUCCACUAAAGUUGGAUUUAUUUCAGUGCCAAGUAACCCGGUUGCAGCAGUAGUUAAAGGAGCUUGUUUAUAUGGCAUCAGCAUGGUCACAAGUGAUGAGGAUAAGCUAGAAGGUUUGAAAUUUGUGGUUAAAAGUAGAAGAUUGAAAUAUACAUAUGGUAUAAAGGUGUUUUAUGAAUGGAAAAAAGGAGAUCCUAUAGAAAGAAAAGACUCGUCAAAUUCAAUAUCGAAAUUCUAUAAAUUGGCUGAAAGAAACACUGAAGUUAAAAUUGAUCAAGAAUUUUCCAUGACAUUUUAUCCUAGACAUGCCACCCAAACACACAUCAGUUUUCUAAUAUUUACAACGACACAACAUAAUAUUGAAUAUUGUGAUGAUCCAAGUGCCAAAUUAUUGGGUAAACUAAACAUAAGUUUACCUUAUGAUAAUUUGGGCAAAGAUAGGCCAGUUUCUUUUUCACUUAGAUUUGCCGCAAUGGAAAUUAUCGCAAAAGCAAAAAACUUGACCAAUUCACAAAACUAUUCAACAACCUUUGAGUUGAAUUUCGAUUGA